AUGGGUUCUUCAUCUAUUUACCCGGAUCCGGAUGGGCCGAAUGAGCAAAAUGUUCAUCAUGGCCCGCCUGAUCGGUGGAUGUAUUGUCCUAAAAUGGGUAAGGUCAUAGCAGAACACUUCUUACCUUUCAAGACUCCUCUUUGCUCUAUGUAUGAUGAUAUGGUUGAAAAAAAAUACCGAUUUCAUCCGCUUGAUGUUUUUAACGCGAAGUUGAAGGGGGUCCAGUCAGGUGCAAAAAUUGGACUCUGGCUUGAUUUAACUAAGACUAAGCGCUAUUACAGCAAGAAAGAGGUCGAGAAGAAAGAUUGCUUGUAUAAAAAGCUUCCCAUGAAGGGGCAUGGGGCUACGCCUUCGGAGGAGGAGACUGAAAGCUUUUGUAGCGAAGUUUCGGCAUUUCUUAAGAAUAAUCCAAAGGGAGUUGUCGCUGUUCACUGCACUCACGGGUACAAUCGAACAGGAUUUCUCAUUGCUGCAUAUUUAGUUGAGGAACUUGGUUGGGCAAUUGACGCAGCGAUUGGGAGCUUUGCCGUGUGUAGGCCAGAUGGGAUUUACAAACAAGAUUACAUUGACGAGCUUUUUAAGCGGUAUGGAGAUAUUGAUGAUAAAAUUUUGGCUCCUCCAAGACCAGCUUGGGAAAAUGGUCCCGUGGAUGAAUCUACUGCUAAACCUAGUAACAGCGAUCAACAAACUGCCGAGUCGUCCUUAUCGAAUGGUUCUGAAACACUUCCACUGAACAAUAAAUUAGGUGUUCCGCAGUUCAUGGAUGGGUUGGUCCCCUGUGUAAAAUACGUAACCGACAGGCUGCUGAGGGAACAGUUGCAGAGCAUGAUAGCGGAAAUGUGUGGCAGUAAAAGGAGUGAAUUUCCUGGUUGUCAACCUGUUUCUAUGGAGUGCUCUCCAGAAAGAAAUAAUAUGCAGUUAAUUGUUCAGAAUGAAUAUCUUUUCUCUUGGAAAGCAGACGGAGUAAGGUAUCUGGUGCUGAUUAACGGCGAAGAUAAGAUUUUUGCAUUUGAUAGAGACAAUAAUGUCUUUCGUAUCCCAAAUGUCACAUUUCUGAGCGCUCAUGAAGACAGGCAUUUGAGGGCAACUUUAGUAGACGCUGAAAUGAUAAUAGACAAGGUGAAAGAGCCAAAUGGUAGAGAAACCCAAGUGCCUCGUUUGUUGAUCUACGACGUUAUACGGAUUGAUGGAACGGAUACCAAGGACUGGAACUUUAGGAAACGAAUGGAUUGUAUUUACAAAGGGAUUAUUAAUCCUCGGGUUAAAGCAAUGGGGACAGGGAGAAUCAGAAGGGAGUUGGAACCUAUUAGUAUACGAAUAAAAGAUUUUUGGCCAUUGGAACAAGUUAGGAAAGUUUUUGAUUCAAAGUUCCUGAAGUCUGUGGGGCACGAAAUCGAUGGACUUAUUUUUCAGCCUGUCAAUGAGCCGUAUCGCCCUGGUCGGUUAGAUACUCUGUUGAAGUGGAAGCCGUCCACCCAUAACUCUAUUGAUUUUAAACUCAAAAUUAUUAAAGAAGAAAGGCCUGGAGAAUUACCUGAGUAUGUAGGCUAUCUCUAUGUGCAACACGAAAAGGAUCCAGUUGAUAAAAUGAAGGUUACAAAGAAGUUGCUGCCUUACGAUAAUAAGAUAAUCGAGUGCCGAUACGUCAACAACAAGUGGGAAUUUAUGCGAGAAAGGACAGAUAAAAGCUUGCCUAACUCGAAGGCAACUGCCGUUUCGGUCUUUAACACUAUUCGGAAUCCCAUAACAAAAGAGUUUCUUAUCGAUUUUAUAGAAAGAAACUGUGUGAGAAGAGGUCUUAAAAGACCUCACGAUUGA